CAGCAGCAGUGGUAAGAAACUCACACACAUACAUUAAUGCACAGGAAUACAAACUAAAACUCCAUACAGAUUUAUCAGGUAAUCUUUCAUUGGUAGAAUCAUUCUAUACUGCAUGUAUUGAAUUACAGGCAAGACUCUACACACACAUAUUGUACACACACACAUGGACACAAGAUUGGCAGAUGUCUGAAAACGUUUACCAAUAUACUGAGGCACAGAAAUCUAAAAUGAAACCUAGUUCUGUAUCUGAUGGAAACCUUAUAUUAAUCAAUCUACUGCUAGGCAUAUGAUACCUUGUGUAUUUCUGUACUUACAUUAAAGCUUGCCUAUCACAUACAUAUAUAUUGUAUAGACAACAGGAUCUCUGUAAAGUUUAUUGGACAAGUUAUGGAUUAAAGCAUUUGCUCUACAUACUGGAGGACUCUACAUACUGAAGUGGAACAGCUCUCUGAACGUCUCUGCAGACAGCAUAGAAAAUUAAAUUAUCUGGCUGAUCAAACUUUGCAGAAUUUCUAUAAGUCCGUGCAAGCUCCACAAUGGCUACUUCAUCUAUACGUCGUCAAGUGAAAAAUAUUGUCCACAACUACACCGAUGCCGAAGUCAAGGUACGAGAGGCCACCUCAAAUGACCCAUGGGGCCCAUCCACUACUCUAAUGGCUGAAAUUGCUCAAAUGACACAUAGUGCAGAAGUUCACCCGGAGGUAAUGGUGAUGGUCUGGAGAAGACUAAAUGACAGUGGCAAGAACUGGCGUCAUGUCUACAAAGGUCUGACCCUUUUGGAUUAUUUAAUUAAAAAUGGAUCUAACAAAGUGGUACAGGAUUGUCAUGAGAACCUCAUCGCUGUGCAGACUCUGAAAGAUUUUCAGUUCUUGGACAAAGAUGGAAAAGACUAUGGAAUUAAUGUGCGGGAGAAAGCUAAACAGAUUGUUUCCCUGCUGAAAGAUGAGGAACGGGUAAAGCAGGAGAGAGCUCAAGCUCAAACCACACGAAGAAGAAUGUCUCAAGUAACCUCAGCUAUUGACAGCAGCCACAGGCUUCGCUACAAUGAAGCUUCUGAUGACUCGACUCUUUCCCCAGAAUUAGAACAAGUAAGACCUCAGAGUACAGGAGAGGAAGAGCUACAGUUGCAACUUGCUUUGGCUAUGAGCAGAGAAGAAGCUGAGAAGAAAAUAGUCCCUUCUGCACCUGACGAGAAAGAAGACUUACAGUUGCAAGCAGCACUGAAUCAAAGUAAAGAGGAAUAUGAAAAGGAGAAGCAGGUGCAUCAAGGUGAGAUAUCACUAAUUGAGAAGGCUCUGAUGGAGACCCACUUGUCGGAAGACUAUGAUGAGCAAAGAGCAGAGAAGAAAAAGGAGACACACGUAUCGGAACUCAUUGAUAUAUUUGGCCCAUCUCAAUCCAAUACGUCAAACAUCUGGGAUUACCAUGAUGUCAGUUCUCUUCCACUAUCAAGUACAACAACCUCUUUGUUUCCAACUUCCGGACCAACAAAUCAUUAUGCAAACAUAAGCAGCUCUUCCCUGCCCUGGGACCCAGUUCCUCAUGCCACUCAGCUAAGAGCAGACCACACCAGCCAAAGUAUCAUUUUCAGCUGUGAUGGACCAUCAAGCUGGCAGGAGCCCCCAGUUGUAAAGGGCCCUACGUCUGAUCCUUGGGGGCACAACAGCAGUGCUGCCACAGAUUUGAAAUCAUCAUCAGACAUCACAGCAGAAAACUCUUUUGAACUGGACCUCUUUGGAGACCUUGUACCGCCCACAAAGCCAUCUAGUGAUAGUCUGGACUUUGUGGCUGAAGAUUCUCUUCCUGAUACCAAUGCCAAACCUCGCUGCAACACUCCAGAGUCCUUUCUGGAACCAGCUGCUAUAUCACUGAUAAACCUAGAAAGCCUCGUCAGCCAUGCUGCUACCAUCAAAAACAAAAACCCCUUCUACUCUGGUCUGAGGGCCCCAUCACCUACCAACCCAUUCCAAUAUGGAGAUCAAAAACCUUCGCUGAACCAGAUGAGGGCUGCCUCUCCUGUGCCUACAUCUACAGGAGCACCAGUACCAAUGCAGAAUGCUUGUCUCUUGCCAACUAACUCAGCGGAAUCUGGAAUUAAUACUUUAAGGACCAUUUCACCAAUACCCGGAUUUACAGUGCCAUCCGUCACACCGCUCCAGAUGCAGCUUCAUAACUUCCCCCCUUCUGUCAGCCUCUAUCCCUCUUUGAAUUUACCAUAUCCUCCAGUGACAGCCUUGAACCAGCUUCCUGCCCCCAUAUCUCAACCAAUGCUGCCUAGCCCAAAUUCUGCUCAUGCCGCUAAUAAUCCUUUCCUCUGAUUGGGUGGGGUCUGUUCUAUUAUCUGUUUCUGAGAGCAUCUCUUAUUGUACUGCAAAUAUCAUUUCUUAUUACAGGCUGAAAGUAAAUGCAAUAAAUCUGUGUAAUUACAGCUUACAAAUCAUGAAA